AAGACUAACUGAAUUUCUAUUUCAUUCUUAAUUUAAUAAGUUUUUGAUAAAUAUGAUCAUGCAUGACACAAGCCUAGUCGGCAGCUUUUGCAUUUUUUUUAAAUACCAUCCCUGAAGCGUACUAUUCUAUAUUGAAUAUUCUCAGCUGCAGUGAAUGAAAUGCCUGGAAAAACUCUUCACAUUAAGUUCACUAGAGUCCAAAAUUAAAUAAAGUGAGAAAAAAAGUUUACCCAGAGGAGCUCAGAUGCUGGCUCAUAUACGUGUGGGCUGGUUUCUGAAAUAAUUAUUGUGAGACAUUAUUGGUUAUGCUAAAAUGAUGGACUACAUGGCAGUCCCUCUAAUAGGCCCAUCCACCUUUCCAUCACAGCAGAAGCACAGCCAAUGGUGGACAGAAACAUGAUAUUGACAUAGGUUGCGCCCCUUUAAGAUAGUUCUAAAUAAAAACCCUAUGAAAUGCUGAGAGUUGAAGGAUUGUAGCUCUUGGCCUUGUGCUGUGAAUACAGAGGUGAGCUACAAUGCUGCUGACAGCAGACAUACUACUUAUUUACCUUCUGGCAGUCAGUGGAGGGAAGCCUGUGUGUCAAACAUACGGAACAACAAAGGAACAGUCUACAUUUUCUAUGGAAGGAGACAUAAACAUUGGAGGCAUUUUCUCCUUCCAUCAGAACCCAGUCAUUGUCAAUCCAGCUCAUCAGGUCAACCCAGGAACAAUCCAGUGUGAAGGACUGGACGCAGGAGAGCUUCAAUAUGCCUUCACUAUGAUAUUUGCCAUUAGGGAGAUCAACAACAGCUCAGAUCUGCUGCCAGGAGUGACACUGGGUUACCGGAUCUUUGACUCCUGCCCAAGUGUCCCUCUGUCCAUCAGGGCAUCACUUAACCUGAUGAAUAGGUAUGAGAGUGGGGAAGGCGGUUGUAGCAAACUCUCAAACGUGCAUGCUGUCAUAGGAGAAACCACAUCAACUUCCACAAUCGGUAUUGCUCGCACCCUGGGACCCUUCAAUAUACCCGUGAUCAGCCAUUCAGCCACGUGUGCAUGUCUUAGCAACAGAAGAGACUAUCCCUCCUUCUUCAGAACCAUACCUAGUGACAUCCACCAGAGUAAAGCUCUAGCAAAGCUUAUGAAACACUUUGGCUGGACCUGGGUAGGGGCUAUCAGAACCAACAGUGACUAUGGGAAUGAUGGCAUGGCCACUUUCCUGCAAGCAGCAGAAAGGGCAGGUGUGUGUGUUGAGUACUCAGUGGCAAUUUACAGGACAGAUCCCAGGAAGUGGUUCUUAAAAGUGGUGGACAUUAUUAAGGAAUCCACCUCUAAGGUAAUAGUGGCAUUUGCUGAUGGCACAGACCUUGACAUUCUGAUUAAAGAGCUUCAUGCUCAGAAUGUGACAGGCCUCCAGUGGGUGGGCAGCGAGGGCUGGAUCACUUAUCGCUACAUUGCCUCUCCAGUGAACUACGCUGUGGUACAGGGGGCAGUGGGCUUUUCAGCAUUAAAUGCUCACAUCCCCGGACUGCACGAGUUCCUUGCUGACAGCAAGCCGUCCACCGCACAGGGAGACCAUGGACUGGUGGAGUUGUGGGAAAAUGUGUUCGGCUGCACACUGACUCCCCAAGAAGGGACUCGAGAUGAGGGCGACACCUCAGGCGCGGGCUGCACUGGCGAGGAGUCUCUGUGGGACACAGACACUCGCUUCACAAAUGUCGCAGAUGCCAGUUUGCUGAACAACGUUUACAAGGCCACGUACGCCGUCGCUCAAGCUUUGCACAUGUUGGUUACCUGCAAAGACGGACAGGGGCCUUUUGAGAACAACACUUGUGCUGAUUGGGAAAACGCCCAACCAUGGCAGGUUCUGCAUUACCUCACGCAGGUAAAUUUCACCACUAAAAUUGGUGAAAGGGUCUUCUUUGAUGCGUUGGGCGACCCUGUGGCAAGUUAUGCACUGGUAAACUGGCAGAUGAAUGAGAUGAAUGACAUCGUCUUUAAAACCAUUGGUUUUUAUGAUGCCUCACAGCCUGAGGGGCGGCAGUUUAGGAUGAAAACAGAUGUGGGACCUAUCUGGGCAGGUGGGAAACUUGAAGUACCACGGUCUGUUUGCAGUGAGAGCUGUUUACCAGGCACCCGCCGGGCUUUUGUUAAGGGCAAACCUAUCUGCUGCUUCGAUUGCAUCGCCUGUGCUGACGGGGAGUUCAGCAACACAACAAGUGAGACGGCAGGAUUCCUAGCCUUUAGUGUAGCACUCGUCGUGUUUCUGUUGGGUAAAAUCACUGCGAGCACUUUACUGGUCUCUCUGAGGAUGUAUGUGCUGUACAGCCUAAAAAUAUUUAUGCUUUCAGAUGCAGUAAAAUGUGACAAAUGCCUCCCCGAGUACAAGUCCAGCGAGGAGAGGAAUAACUGUGACUUGAAAUUGAUUGAGUUCAUCACCUACAGGGAAUUGAUGGGUAUACUGUUGGUCACCUUUUCUGUCAUUGGUGCUUGGCUGUCAAUGAGUAUAGCACUGAUAUUUUUCCACUACAGACACACUCCUAUCGUCAGGGCCAACAACUCUGAGCUGAGCUUCCUGCUGCUCUUCUCCUUGACUCUGUGUUUCCUGUGUUCUCUGACCUUCAUAGGGCGGCCCACACAGUGGUCCUGCAUGCUGCGACACACUGCAUUCGGCAUCACUUUUGUCCUCUGUAUCUCUUGUGUUCUGGGGAAAACUCUAGUGGUGUUAAUGGCCUUCAGGGCCUCACUUCCAGGUAGUAAUGUGAUGAAAUGGUUUGGGCCUGCACAGCAGAGACUCAGCGUUCUGUGUUUCACUCUCAUUCAGGUUAUAAUUUGUAUUCUUUGGCUGACGAUCAAUCCUCCUUUCCCCUACAAAAACAUGAACCACUAUAAGGAAAAGAUUAUUCUUGAGUGUGCAUUGGGAUCCCCUGUGGGGUUCUGGGCUGUGUUAGGAUACGUAGGGUUUUUAGCCAUGUUGUGUUUUGUUUUGGCUUUUUUGGCUAGAAAGUUACCUGAUCAUUUCAAUGAAGCUAAAUUCAUCACCUUCAGCAUGUUGAUAUUCUGUGCAGUUUGGAUUACUUUUAUCCCAGCUUAUGCCAGCUCCCCUGGGAAGUUCACAGUAGCUGUGGAGAUAUUUGCUAUUCUAGCUUCAAGUUAUGGGAUGCUUUUUUGUGUCUUUUUCCCGAAGUGCUACAUCAUUUUAUUAAAGCCUGAGAAUAACACAAAGAAGAAUUUGUUGAAUAAAGCAAUCAGAAGAGCCUUUUGAUUUAUUUCUUAAGUUUUAGCUGGAUAUUUACUUCUACAUCAACAAAAAUUAAUAAUUAAAAACGUAUCCUCUAAUGUGACAAUAGUGUAUUAAGGAAUGUGCUCAAAAAAUAAUAAUUUAAUGUUGCAACCUUUUCAACCGGUAACUGUACAGUAAAUUGGUUCUAAAAGGUAAAGGUUGAACCUCCAUGUUCAACUUGUAAAUUAACAUCAACAAUGUAAAGAAAUAUUUGUGUAUCACAUAACAAAAAUAAACAAAGAUAUUGCUAU